AUGUUUGGUUCUGCUAGAGUUCCAGUUUAUUGGCAAGGUCCAUUGUCACUAUCUCAAGAAAAGCCAAGGCUGCCUGUUGUUGUGUUUUCUCAUGGACUUGGUGCAAACAGAACUGUCUAUAGCUACACUGCAUAUGAAAUAGCUUCUCAUGGUUUCUUUGUAGCAGCUAUUGAGCAUCGUGAUGAAUCUGCCUCAAAUACUUUCUAUCUUGAAAAAACAAACUCUGGAGAUGAGAAGUACGAUAAAGUUUGGUUACCAUACAAGCGUGUCCAACCUGCAACAACAGAAGAAAGAGAACUACGAAACAAGCAAGUCCAUGAGCGAGCGAAAGAAAUUUCCAAACUGAUGGAUAGUAUAGAGUUAUUGAACGCUGGUACUUUGUCCAACAUCUUAUCAGAUUUUGAUUUGACUGUAUUCAAAGAUAAAAUUGAUAUUGACAAAGCAGCUGUCAUUGGUCACUCAUUUGGUGGUGCUACAAGUAUAACUUCACUGGUGAAAGAUCUCCGCUUCAAAGCUGGAAUCCCUCUAGAUGUAUGGAUGUAUCCCUUGGGACCUGAAGUUUAUAAGGCUAAUAUUGACACACCUCUGCUUUUUAUCAACUCUGAAUCAUUUCAGUGGGAAGCUAAUAUUAUAUAG